AUGCCCAGGGUGAGUCGUAAGACCUUCCAAAUUAAAGGCCAUACACAGAGGAUAAGUAUUCCGGAUUGCGUUGAGUUCGACAUUACGACAAACGCCUGCCGAGGAUAUUGUGUCUCGUUCUCCAUUCCCUCCAAUGAGGCCACUCUGAGGGUCAAUCCCAACCAACUCUUGACUUCUGUGGGCCAGUGCUGUAACAUUAUGGAGACUGAAGAUGUAAGUGACCACUAAAUAACAUGCUGUCCAACCAUUUCUACAAUUUAGUUACCAUUAAAAUGUGGUUUAAUGAGUUUUAUAAACUCUUAUUGAAAUCCCAGAUGAAGAGAUUUACUCAAAUUUCAAUUUGCAAAC